UUGAGUAGUGAUUCGCCUAUCAACAUGGCGAACAUGUUUGCGUACAGGUGGUCUUGGCUACCUCUUAGCCUGUUAUUUUAUUUGGAUUUAUCCCUUUUUCUUACUGUCCAGGCGAAACGAUUCGGUUCAGAUUCUAAGACCAUUCAUCUGCCAGAAACAGGGUCAGAUUUAUACAAUGUUGAUGAUAGAACUCGUAUAUUGAAAGUGGACCCGAAUUUCGACAAGAAUCGAGCGAUGUCGAUGCUCUCACCAGACGAGACAUUAUUUAAUAACGAUAAUGUUGGUGAUAAUAAAAUACGAAAGAAGCGUGAAGCAUCGUCGCCUUUUCUUACUAACAUGACUACAGAGGCACACCUGAAAGACAGCCAUCAGCUAAUGGUUGUGCACUGGGCAGGUAAAAAUAGCAGAGUGAUUGUAGCCUUAACUAAAGACUCCAAACCAACAGCCAAAGCAUCUUCCAGCAAUGUAUUCAUAUCAUAUAAUUAUGGCAAAGACUUUGAAAAUGUUAGCUACAAGUUGACAUCAGACAACAAUGUGUCAGCUAUUCACCAGUUUCAUAAUCACCCACGACAGAACAGCCAUUAUGUAUUUGUGGAUAUAACUUAUAACGUCACAUUUUUCACACGAGACUAUGGAAAGGCUUUCAUUAAGCAUCCUGUACCUUUUUGCCCCAGAGUAUUGGCUUUUCAUUCUACGAAUCCAGAAAUACUUGUUGGAAUGGAUGAUGAUGAUUCACAGAGAAAAUUAUAUUUAACAAAGAAUUUUGGAGAUUCUUGGACUCUAGUGCAAGAAAAUGUGAAAGCCUUCUUUUGGGGCCAAGGGAAAUAUGAUAAUCCCAACAAUAUCUACGUGGAACGGAUAGAACCCAAUGGUCACAGUACUGUUGUUCUUUCAACAAACUUUUUCUUAGGAAGUCAACAGGCCCUUAUAUCAGGAGUUGAAGAUUUUGAGAUCAAGGACAACUACAUGUUUGCUACAAAGAAAAUUCGUUAUUUUGGAUCAUCUCAUCCUUUUCAUCUCCAAUUAUGGGUUUCUCGCAAUGGUGGUGAAUUCAAACUGGCCCAGUUCUGGCCUCAAAUGAACAAUAUGGACUACUACAUAGCUGAUGCAUCUGAAGACCAAGUUUUUGUAUGUGUUAACCAUCAUAAUUAUCUGAGCAAUCUAUUUGUUUCUGAUGUCAACGGGAUCAAGUUCUCUUUAUCCCUUGAAAGAAUUAUAUACUUCAAGCCUAAAGGUCCAAAUAAAGACACAUGGCUAAGUGUUUAUGCAGAUAAAUCAUUUGCUGAUAUUCACAAAGUGAAAGGUGUACGUGGUGUUUAUAUUGCUUCACAAUUCAUGAACAACUCCUUUAAUGUUGAUAACCAAAUUAGCUUGAUAACAUUUAAUAAAGGGGGCACUUGGCGUCCUCUGUUGGCUCCUGAAAAAACCAGAGAUGGAACAGUUUUAAACUGCUCUGUUUCAUUUUACACUCACUGGUUUAGAAAGAAGUGGCUUCAUUGUUCUUUGCAUGUAAGCCAAGAACUUGAACAUCUUUAUCCCAAUAGUCAUUCUCAGCCAAUCCUCUCAAGAGAAUCAGCACCAGGACUUAUAAUUGCUGCUGGUACUGUUGGUAGUCGUAUCAAACAGUAUAACCAAAAUGUAUUCCUGUCAGUAGAUGCUGGCCUUACUUGGCAUGAGAUCUUACUGGACAAGCAUUAUUUCAUCUUUGGGGACCAUGGUGGACUUAUUGUGGCCAUUAAGCAGUCUGCACUUACAGACACAAUACUUUAUUCCUGGAACAAUGGUGAAACCUGGACAUCAUUAAAAUUUACUGACCGAAAGAUUUGGGUGUAUGGUUUAUUGACUGAACCAGGUGAAAAAACCACAGUGUUUUCAAUUUUUGGAUCAUAUGCAGAAAAACACGAGUGGCUAAUUGUUCAAGUCAAUCUGAGCUCUAUCUUCAAGUCUGUUUGCAGCAAGGAAGAUUACAAACAGUGGUCUUUGUCUGAUACUCUGAAAGAAACUGAAGGAAUCAGGGGGUGUCUAUUAGGAAGGAAAGAUAUCAUUGAAAAACGUGUCCCACAUGCAAAAUGUUACAAUGGAGAAGAAUACAUACGUCCAAUAAUUACAAAGAAUUGCACUUGUACAAGGGAAGAUUUUGAAUGUGAUUAUGGCUUUAAAUUAAGAUCUCGACACAGCCUGACCUGUGAAACUGAUCCCAAUUCAGACCUUGAUAUACAUAAAAUACCAAGUCCUUGCUAUCCUGGAACCUACUAUUCUUACACCAAAGGUUACCGUCGUAUUGCUGGUGAUAGCUGCAAAGGUGGAAUGGAGGCAAUAUAUGCCCCACAAAUGAAUUCUUGUCCAGUCAAAGAAAUUCCUGAAUUCCUUUUGUAUGCUCAACGCAAAAUGAUUCAUCGAUAUGAAUUUGGCUCCCAGAAAAAUGACAUCCUUGUACAAAGAGGCAUCCUUGAUGCUGUAGUUUUUGAUUUUGACAAAGAAGACAACUGUAUCUACUGGGGAGACUUGGCUCUGAACACUAUAACGAGACUCUGUUUAGAUGGAAACCAUAGCCUUGAGGUUCUUAUUGAAAAAGAUGUUUCUGGCAUUGAAGGAAUGGCCUUUGACUGGAGUUCUGGCAAUAUCUAUUGGAUUGAUUCUGGGGCUCGCAAGCUCGAAGUGGUGCAUAAAACUGGCCGUUUCAGGAGAACACUUCUUAGUGGAAGUGAAAACCUGGAUAAACCUCGAUCAAUUGCUCUUAAACCACACUAUGGCUACCUCUAUUGGACAGACUGGUCAUCAACUAACCCACGUAUAGUCAAAGCCAGUAUGGACUGCCGCAACAUCACCAAUAUAGUUGAGGGCAAAGAUAAUUUGGUUUGGCCCAAUGGCAUUACUAUUGAUCACCAGAUGGGACGAUUGUACUGGACAGAUGCCUUUCUGGAUCAAAUUGUCUCUUCAGAUUUAGAUGGCAAUGACCGAAAGGCCAUAGUAAAAGGCAAUGAAAUCCCACACCCCUAUGCUAUUGUGGUGUAUAAGGAAAAUAUUUACUGGACUGAUCUCAGCAAACAAGCUUUAUUGACUGCUAACAAAAAUAAUGGUUAUGGUGUAACUACAAUACUAACCAAUGUGACUGGUAUAACUGAUUUGAAGGUUGUCCAUCAAUUGGCUCAAAGUACUUCAAGUGCUUGUUCUUUCAAGAAUGGGAUGUGCUCACAGCUCUGUGUACCUCGACCUCAUCAUUUGCAUAUUGGACACAACAAUCGAACUUGUCUCUGUCAAAACCACAUUGGACAUAUUCUAAAGCCUUCUGGAGAUGAAGACUGUUAUUGUCCUCCAGGGGAAACUUACCAAAAUGGAAUUUGCAAACCAAACAACAAUACUUGCGAACCGCAUCAGUUUCAGUGUCACAACAGCCAAUGUGUCGCAGCUGCUGUGAAAUGUGACCACGAUCCUGAUUGUGUUGAUGGCAGUGAUGAACUUAACUGUGAAUAUCAUCCAUGUUCUGAAGGUAACUUCCGUUGUCCUAACAUGCAAUGCAUCCCACACCACUGGCUCUGUAACCAUGAAAAUGACUGCAGUGAUGGCUCUGAUGAGAAAAAUUGCACCUAUCCACCUUGUUCUUCUGCUGAAUUCACUUGCAAUAAUGGCCGCUGCAUUCCUUUGAAUUGGACGUGUGACUUUGAUGAUGACUGCCAUGAUUAUUCUGAUGAAGCUAACUGUGAAGAUGAAUUUAACCAGUGUUCUGAAGGUAAUUUCCAUUGCCCUAACAUGCAGUGUAUUCCAAGACAUUGGAUCUGUGAUCAUGAAAAUGACUGCAGUGAUGGUUCUGAUGAGAAAAAUUGCACUUACCCAUCAUGUUCUCCUAAUGAAUUCACAUGUAAGAAUGGCCGUUGUAUUCUUUUGAAUUGGACAUGUGAUUUUGAUGACGAUUGCCGUGAUUACUCUGAUGAAGCUAACUGUACAGAUGUUUACAAAACUACACAACCUGUUCCAACUACAACUAAGUCAAGUUCCUUGCCCAGAUGUAAUGGUGUAGAAUUCCAGUGUGACAAUGGCUUUUGUAUUUUUGCCAGUGAACGUUGUGAUGGCAUCAAUGACUGUGAUGAUAACUCAGAUGAAGAAAACUGUUUCCUUUCUCCUCCACCACCAAGCUGUAAAGCAGAUGAAUUUCAGUGCACUGCUGAUAGAAAGUGCAUCCUAACAAGGAUGCAAUGUGAUGGCCAUGUAGACUGCUCUGAUCGAAGUGAUGAAGAAUAUUGUCCAUCAGGCAAUGAACAUAAAUGUGAAGGAUUUUCAUUCCGCUGUACAAAUGGUAUGUGUAUUCACAUGUCAUGGACUUGUGAUGGUGAGAACGACUGCAAUGAUAAUUCUGAUGAAGAAAAUUGUCCAACCAUUGAAAAAUGUGGAGAAGGCAUGUUUCACUGCGUACAAUCCCCUGGCUGCAUUCCACAAAGCUCUAUUUGCAAUGGUAUCAAUGAAUGCAUUGAUCAUUCAGAUGAAAGGGAUUGUUACUACAACCACUCGAGUAACGGAUUUAACAGGCCUCCAAAGUCAUGUGCUGACUAUGAGUUCUUAUGUGAACCUGAUAGUGACAGGUGUUUACCUUACUGGAAAGCAUGUGACAGUCACAUUGAUUGUCUUAAUGGCCGGGAUGAAGAAUUUGGAAUGUGUAAAGAGGAAGUGCGUGUGCCUAAUCUGUGGUAUACCAAAGUGACCAGCAACAGUGUUUUACUUUCAUGGGAGGCAACCAAACAUUUCUCCAGCAAUAUAUCCUAUAUGCCAAGUAUUGUAGAUGUGCCAUCAAAUACAUGGCUGAACCGCAGCAUCACCAAGAAAACCAACUACAAUUUUACCAACCUAAAACCAGCAACCAUCUACUAUUUGUUUGUAUCUGUGAAGGUCGCCAAUGCCACCGGUAGCCGUAUCUACAGCCCUGUGCAUUUUGUUUCAGUGAAGACAAAUGAUGGCUUUCCUAGCAAACCUGUGCACUGUUCUGUCCACCAAGAUGGAAAUGGAGGUCUCAUUGCCAGUUGGAAGAAACCAAAUUAUCCAAGAGGAAAGCUUAUUUACUAUCUAGUUACCAUUGAAGACACAAGCAUUGGGAACCAAUACAGAAUUGGUGUCAAAGACACUAGUCAAUCAAACUAUUCAGUAACCCUGACUUCUCAGCCCUUAAUAAAGAAUCACACUUUUAUCAUAAAGAUUCUUGCUGCAACCAGUUCAGGUGAUGGUGUAGCCUGUGAAAAUAAUGUAACCUAUGACAGAGGUGGAGUGAUUAGUCCAGUUACAGGACUUACAAAGAAGUCUGAAAAUUAUCAAGUUACUCUCUCUUGGAAUCGGGUACCUAAGGCAAAAGCUUACAAAGUCAUAUAUCUUGAUAUAUGGAAUGCUGAACACCGCAUUGAUGUUCAGAAGGAAACUGUAACUAUUAAUAACUUGGCUCCUGGCUGCAAUUAUUUAAUCCGAGUCCAGGGUUACAAUGAUAUAUCAGCUGGUCCCCCUGUAGAGAUAUCUGUUCACACAAAAGGUAAAGAAAUUACAAUGCCCGAUAUUCUGGCAGCAAUAUUGGUAAAAAAUAAUUCUUUCAAUAUCACAUGGAUUGGACCAAGCCUUGGUCAUCACCAGCGGUUUGCCAUUUUCUAUGACACAAUUCCUCGUCAUUUAGAGAAUUCUCACAUAAAAGAUGCAAGAUGGGUAGAAUACACAACAUCCCAGUUUAUGGUCUUACAGAACUUACAGGCGUGUGAAGCUUAUAUUGUAAAAGUUGCAGUGGUAAGAUCCAAGACAAUCCCUCUUAGCCAACUCAGUUCUGAAAUACUCUUCCAAACUUCAUCAGAUGUUCGAGCACCACCUAAAGAAGUGCAUGUGACUGAAGGCACCAAUAAGAGUUGUAUAAAUAUCACCUGGCAGCCACCAUGCUCAGAAGAAAAAAUUAAACAGGUAUACAUCAUCUAUAUCAAUGGCUCUAACUCAGUGUCACCACUGCCACCUACAGACAAGAAAUAUCUUUCAACUGAGAUCUGUAACUUCAGACGUGGUGCCACUUACAAUAUUUCCAUAGGUCUUAGCCAGUCUCGUCUUUCAAUACCAGUCUUAUGGCAAGUUGAACGAUACCCUGAGCCCAAUGCUGUGAAGGUGGUCGAUGAAGAUCCGGAUAAAUAUUAUUACAAAUUGAUAUGGAACAAAAUCAACAUACCAUCACAUUUGUUUACGGGCUAUCAAGUAGUCUACAAAGUUGGUGGUGAGAAAGAUUUUCAGCAGUACUGUGUUAUCAACAGUACAUCAGUCAGUUUGAAUAAACUUGCUAAAGGAUUCAUGUAUCAACUAAAAGUGCGACUGAAUAAAAUUGAAGGCUACUAUGGAAAAUUUAGUAGUGUAGCUUCCCUUGCCAUUCCUUUGACUGUGAAGGCCUCAAGUGUCAAUCUUGUUGCCAUCGUUGUACCCAUCAGUGUUGUGACUCUCAUCUUAGUCAUCUUAGGCAGUAUCCUCCUUGUUCUCUUUGUGCGACAUAAACGCCUCCAACGCAGCUUCCUUGCCUAUGCCAGUAGUCAUUAUGAUCCUCGAUCAGAACGAACGACCUUUAAUUCUGCAGAAUAUCUAGGAGAAGACGAAGAUUCUCCAAUGAUAACAGGAUUUUCUGAUGAUGAACCGUUAGUGAUAGCAUAGAAUGGCUAUAGAAUGGAGCAGAAUAGCCAUGGUAACAAUCUGCUGCCACUGGCAGACUUACUUAGAAUGUCUGCAGAACACAUUUACUGAGCAACAAUAACAGUAUAUUAGAAUUGGCUAUCCACACACCAAACACACACACAUAUAUAUAUGCAAUUACAAACAGGCAUACAUACAUCCAUCAGUCAUAAACAAACACACUCUUACAUAUGUAUUCACACUGAUAUACAUUUUACACUCAUUGGAGUUGGCCAUAAUUCUGAGUGUAUUUCCUAUGUGAUAUUGUUGUCCACUUGACUUGGGCUUGCUCCCUUCCUGCAGCUAAAAAAGACUCCCUUUUGGUCAAUAUGUUGGCUGGCUUUUAAAUAGAUCAGUUCCACUUUUCCCUUACACACAAGCACACACACUCACCAUACAUCUAUACAUGCCAUCCUACAAACAUCAGAAUUCUUAAUUAACAGCUAUUUAACAUGCUGCUAAACUUCACUGAGAUCAUUUGACUGUUGUUAUACAUUCCUAUUACACAUUCCUUUUUAUUUUUGGAUUGGCAGAGAUGUUAAAGCAUCGUUAAGAAAUGCCUUCUGGCAUUUCUUCCAGCUCUACAUUCUGAGUUCAAAUCCCAUUAAGGCCAACCUUGCGUUUCACCUCUCUAGGGUUGUAAAAUAAAGUACUAGUCAAGCACUGGGAUUGAUGGAAUCGACAACCCCAUUCCUCAAAAUUGGUGGCCUUGUGCCUAAAUCAGAAAUCAUCAUCAUUAUUAUUAUUAUUAUUAUUAUUAUUAUUACAUGGGGGAACAAACUGAAUAGAAACUGGAGAAAAAUGAAAGAAUAAAAAAUAACAAUGUAAAAUUACCUUCCAUUUGUAUAUUUUGUGACAAAAUUUAACAUGUUCUUGAAAUUUUUUUUUUUUUUGGCUCCUAUGCAUGGAGAUGAAAUCUUCACACAAAAAUUAUAAAUAUUCUAAAAAAAGACUUUUCAUAUAUUUAGCUUUAACUCUACAUAAAGAUAUUUCAUUUUGUUUCCCUUCAGUAAAAUCUCCAUGGCCCUAAAAAAAACAAUGAGGUUUUUUUUUUUACAAUUUAGCAUAUAUUACUUUUUAAUAUUUUAAUCUUUAUUUUCAUUUAUACUGUAUAUUAGUUCGUUUGUUUUAACUGCUUAUGUUUGACACCAUAUUCACUUUGUAGUUUGUCAAAAUAUUGAUUGUUUUAACAUAUCGAAAAGAGAGAGGAAUGAAAUGAGAACCUUUAAACCACACAUGUAUAUACAUACCACUCUCUCUUUCUCUCUCUCAUAGAUAAAUACAUAUCAGUACAUACUUAAUAUAUAUAUAUUAUAUAUAUAUAUAUAUAUAUAUAUAUAUACACACACAAAACAAAACAACAUACAUACAAACACAUUUAUAGCUAAAUAAUUAUUAACACAUAAGCUACAUACACAAAAACUUAAUUUACUUUCUCUUUGAAAAUUCUCUAAAGUAAGUAUAUUCCAUACAAGAUCUUUAUUUUAUGGAAGUAAUAUAUUUCUGUUGUGAAUAUACUGAUUUAUUUCAUCCAUCUACCCAUUCCUACCAAAAUUUAUCUAAUAUCCUACGAUACUUGGGAGUGUUGUAUCAUUCCCAGUGUUCUGUUCUUGAUGAAAAUUCUUCAAAUGCCAAACAUAAACUGUUAUAAAUCAGACAUUAUUUCUCGGUGAGCUGAGUUUGCCAUCCAGUUUUAAUUCCCGGUUGUAGCUAUUUCAUUUUGUUGUUAGUUGUUAAUGCCUUUGGGAAAAAGCAUCAGCUUCUCAGAACCUUGUUUCCCCUGUUUUACAAAUAAUUCUGUGAUUAGUAUGUAUGUAAGAAAUCAACAGUUGUUUCUAUUUACAUAUGUUAGUGUCUGAUGACUUAGCUUGGUCCAAAUGUAUUAAUUCCUAUUCCUGUUUUCAUUACUCCUCAUUUUUCAGAAGCUAGUUUAACAGGAGAUAGACACAAUGCUACUAUUAGUUUUUCUCACUGUUCUUUUAUCUUGCCAGGGUUUUUAAAUUUCAAGUCUUAAAUGCAUUUUACUAUUAAAAGAAAUACUAAAAUAAAACAUUACUACUUCAUAGUAAGAAUUUGUUCAGGACUGUGUGUGUACAUGUGUAUAUCUGUGUACAUACUAUCAAUAGAUUUCCCUUUAUCGCAAGCAUUUUCAAAUGAGAAUGAAUCUCUUUCAGCUAAACAAAUUGUAACAUACACACUUUU